UUUCUUGAUGUCAAAUCGACAUUGACGUUCAAUUCUUUGACUUAUUUCGUAACAAUCGUUACCAAAUUAAAAACUACGAAGAAAUUAUUGAAGAAAACUAACAAUGAACUCUUCACUCAUGAAUAUUUCACGUAUUAGCCGAAAUACAAUAAGUAAAUUAUUUAUUUCAAGAUAUUCUUCAUUACCUGAAGACCAAGUAACACAUACUGGCCAGAAAUGGGAUAAGGACGACUAUCGAAUGGUGAGAUUCAUUAAUAGUCCUAAAAACGUAAAUAAGAAUAUAGCCAUGGAAUUAAUUGCUGAGGAGCCCCCUAAAAAAGUCAAAAGUCGUGUAGUAGCUUGUGAUGGAGGUGGUGGUCCAACAGGUCACCCUCAAGUAUUUAUUAAUCUAGACAAACCUGGAAAUCAUUCUUGUGGAUACUGUGGUUUGAGAUUCGAAUUAGAACAUGGUCAUUAAAAAUAAAUGUUCCACUCUGUAGAUAAUAUAACUUGGAGUUGAGUCAAGAAUUAUUUAUCAAACUAUUAAAGAUUUUGUUGAGCCAAAA